ACCGCGAUUUCUUUUUGAAUUGACAACUAUAUUGAAAAGUAAAGUGUUAGUAAGAGCUCAAAACUUAAUUCGUAUCCUUUUUAUAUAACAACAGAAUCGUUAAAUGCCGAACUUAUAAGAAAAUAUAAUAUCAUUUCAAAUACAAGGAACUAUCCUCUAAAAAAUAGAUAUUUCAUUUGCAACUGAAAUUUAAAGAGGAUUCAGUAAGCGUGAAAAAUCCUUAGUAAAUCCUAAAAAGGGCUCCGUAUAUUUGCAGUUACCUGACCCCUUUUUAGGUUUUUUAAAAUGCCUAUUUUGUUAAGAGAGUAGCCCCAACUCAUUUCAUUUAUUUCUUCUUCUGUUUCUUCAAUUUGAUACAUUCACUGCCUUAUUUUACUUAAUUUUAGUAUCAUCAAUGUGUCGAAUUAGUGAUUGAAAGCGUUCGUUUAGCCGUAUCACGUUAUGAACAUGAAAAAGCAAAAGGCUGAUUUAGAAGAAAAUACACAGAAUUUUAAUAAAAUUCAAGUAAUUCAUCCAUUUUUCCUCGUUAAGUAAAUGAUGAUUAUUCUUUUUGAUUCAGUUUGAAGGAGUGACAAAGCAAAUCGAAAUGAAAACGAGUGAAAUUGAAACUAGAAUAUGGCCACGAAUAAUAGCAGAAUUAUUUGAAAUACCAUUGCCAGGAAAUUUGUCGCUAUUUAUGAAUCAAAUACUUGGCCAAAUAAAGUUGGUUUUUCACAUAUAUCCGAAACACAAAACAUUAUCUAAAUUACCAAUUAUCUCAUUAACAAAUACGGAUCAAGGUCGAAUUGCAACAAAUAAAGCAUUAGUACAACUUCAGAUCAUCACUUUAGAUGGUGGAUCAUCGUUAUCUGAAGUACUUCAUGAAUAUCAAAUACAACCAGCGAUGUUAGUUGAAUUACAAUCUCAUUACCGAGAAAUAGAAUUACAUCUGCAUCAGCAUCAAAUAGCAGCUGAAAAUGCUAAACAGAAAUGGUUGGAUCAAGUCAAAAUAUUGCUUUUGGCGAUAAAUGAAAGUGCGGUUAAAUUUUUCAAUACAAUGGGUCUUAAUGUAGAUAUAUGUCUACAUAUACCUGAAAAUGAUGUAAGCUUUUCCUUCAAUUAUGGAUCAUUGUUUUAA